AUGCAACUUUCGAAACUCCUCCAGGCAACCGGCGCCACCCUAGCUUUCCUUCCAUCCGGCGUCCUUGCGAAGUGCGUUAUCGGGCUUACUUUUAAUGGUAAUUGGGUUCCGAACAACCGAUUUGUCAUAUCACCGGGCGGAAAGUUCAGUUUUAUUGCGAACUACGUUAUAAUUCCAGUUCGCCUUGAUGAGUCGUGUCACUGGCAUCAGGACCUCGCGGAAAAUGCAAAGCCUGUAAUAAUUCCCAGCGGGUACGGGAUAAAAUCGUGUGAUGAGGGAGAUUUUGUCAAUAACCAAUGUCAAGAACCGCCAAAAAGAACGUCAAUUGGUGGCACGAAGGUUUAUGCGUUCAGUUAA